AUGAAAGAAGGAAGUUGUAUAAUCAACACGACCUCCGUCACUGCUUAUGCUGGCUCCCCUCAACAGUUACUGGACUAUUUGUCUACCAAGGGAUCGAUUGUUUCCUUCACUAGGGGAUUGGCCCUACGACUUGUGGAUAAAGGGAUUCGUGUCAAUGGUGUGGCUCCUGGUCCGAUCUGGACGCCAUUGCAACCCGCAACUCUUCCUGCAUAUGAGGUAGAAUACUUGGGGUCUGACGUGCCAAUGGGAAGAGCAGGACAACCUUACGAAAUGGCACCUUCUUAUGUCUUCCUGGCAUCCAAUCAGUGUUCAUCUUACAUGACUGGCCAAGUUCUUCAUCCUAAUGGGGGUACGAUCAUUAAUGGUUGA